AAGUAGGAAUAACUGAAUGGCUGUUGAAUAUUGACAUUUCAUGGUUUUAAAGUAGUGUUGGGAGCAUCCAAGAGCAGGAAAAGCACUAUGUGAAGUAUUACUAGCGAAAAUGUCACGACGACGGUCAAAACGCCUGCCUGAAACUCCGGGCACUCUGACGUGCUGCUUCUGUGGAUUUUCUGAAGAUGAUGAAGUUGAAUAUGGAAAACUUUGGAACCAAGACGGCAUUGUUACGCACUACUAUUGUCUGCUUUUAUCAUCCAACAUGGAACAAAAUGGUAAUGAUAAUGAAGGAAUCUUGGGCUUCUUAACUACAGACAUACAAAAGGAAUUACGCCGAGGAAAAAGGCUUUCUUGUUCAUACUGUAAGCGAAAUGGAGCAACUUUGGGGUGUUGUAACACCAGAUGUAAACAAGUAUUUCAUUUACCAUGUGGGCUGCGGGCAGGUUCACUUCAUCAGUUCUUUGGUGAAUUUAGGUCAUACUGUAUACGACACAGAAUAAAACAAAAUAUAGAUGAAUACAUAAAAGAAGAAGCUGCAGCAACAGGUGAUAUAACUUGUUAUAUUUGUUACGAGGAGGUAAAUCCCCAGAAUCCUAUACGAACGUUGUGGGCUCCAUGUUGUCGGAAAAACGCAUGGUUUCAUCGGAAAUGUGUUCAACGCUUGGCAUUGAGUGCUGGCUACUUCUUCAAAUGUCCUCUUUGCAAUAAUAAACCAGAAUUUCAACAGGCGAUGCUCGAUCAUGGAAUUUUCAUCCCAAAUCAAGAUGCUUCAUGGGAGCUUGUGCCAAAUGCUUUUCAAGAAUUAUUGCACAGGCAUAAUCAGUGUGAUGCUCCAGAAUGUCUAUGUCCAAAGGGAAGAAGUCAUACCAGUGUUAAUGCAAAAUGGGAACUCGUUUUGUGCCGAUUGUGCGGAUCCCAAGGAGUUCACAAGUCAUGCGGACAAUUAAAAUGGGGUAGUUCUGUUUGGGAAUGUACAGAAUGUACUGGGAUGUUGAAAAAAUCGAAUGAUCCUAUACCUUCUGAUGGAAAUGAACCCAAAGAAUCAAUGGAUCAGUAUUCGAAUGAGAGUAGUAGUGACAGUGAAAUUUCAGUUGGUGGCAAUACGACGCCUCCACCAAUAUCAAAACAUGACGUCUCACCGUCACCCACACCACCACCUUUCAGGUUACGACCUGGACCUAAAUCUUUCAAAUUGCAACAAGCAUCGCGAAACAUGAGAAGCUUGCAGUUGAUGACAACAGCUACUUCCAUGACAUUCUUGCCUUCGAAACAUGAUAUUUCCUUAUCUAGUGCAUCGAACGCCGGUACUAAUACUAUUCCAGACACAAAAUCUAUCAGUGAGACAAUGCACUCAAGAACGUGCCCUUCGAAAGAAGUCCUGACGUCGACUGAUCAUGAAUUCAGUAAAUUGAAUGUUGUUAGCUCUCAAACCAGCGUCUUGUCAAAAAUAAUCAAUGUGAAACCAGAAGAUCCCAGCUGUCAUACAGCUGACAUUAUUGUGAUUGACAGUGACGACGAGGUGGAGAUAAUUGAUGUAACACCUAAGCCCAAUGGCUCUGUAACUACAAAACGAAUCCAAAUUGAGUCUCGCAAUUUAAGUGAAGUAACAACUAAUAUUCAAAAAAUCAGAAAGAAUUCUAAGGUUACCAAAACGAGACGUUCAGAACCUUUGGAAAUAUUAAAUAGCCCACCCAAAACAAGUCCUAGGGCGAACGGUUUAAUUGCACCACAUUCAUCUAGUGUCUCAAAUACCACUGAUACAACCUCUACUACGACACCGAUAUCAAAUAAUAAUACAGCAAAUGUAAUGAAACCUCUGAUCGAUAGUAUGAAUACUACAAGUAUUGCCAAGAAAAAAUUGAAUGGAAGCAAAGAUGCAGAUUUGAUAGUAGAUGAUAAAGUUUUGCAGGAAAAUCCUGCAUUCAAUCUUAAAAUCACAAAUGUUACCUCAUUACGGCCGGAAUAUUAUGAAAACCCAUCUACAGCGGUGAACGUAGAAAAAAUUACCCACGAUGCGUCUCUUACUUUUGCAGAAAGUGUUCAAGGAGAUAUUCCAUCACUGAAUGGUAACCAGCAGCUAGAAGUAGUGCAAAAUCAAAUGAUCGAAGUUCCAAAACCACAGUUGACGUUCAUCCAGCUUAAUACCUCUUCAAUAAGUGGGUCUAAUUUAAAACGGAAAAGUGACGAGUACACAAUAGAUAACCCUGCAUCUAUCCUACCUAUCAUAGAAGAUCCGGAAAUAUCACGUAAAAAAGCUCGGAUUGAUGAUUGUAACGAUUCUACACUCAAACCCCAGACGAGAAACAUUUCUUGGAAUAUUAAUUCAAAUGAUAUAAGUCGUGCAGUUCCCGUAGUUGCAACCUCAAUACCAAUGAGUCAUUCAACUAGUAGUUACAGUUCCCAACAAAGUACAACAACGUUGCAAGUGAAUAUGAAUGGAACACAAGCUAACAAAAGCUGUGUCAGAUUGAUAAGAAGGAUGGAUGUAGAACAAAGAAAUGGCUUUUGCAAUUACACUUCCGGGACUGUUGGCAGCAGUUCGGUACAAAAUCAGAGUCACGUUAAUAUCAACCAUAUCAUUAUACCAAAUACUAUGAAUUCUCCUAUUCGAAUACAACUGAAUUCUACGUCUACAUCCGAUCUAAUCAAAGUCAGCAAUUCGAGCCAACCUGAGUUGGGUGUACAACACUCUGUCAGCAGUAUCACAGAGUGUAGUGACAGUAUACGAAACACUACAUGCCACAGUUUUAAAUCUUCAGUAAAUGAGUUACAAAAUUCACCAGAAACAUCAUCUACUUCAAUCAACUCGCAACUCUUUGCACACCUUCCUAAUUCGGAUGAAAUCAUUGCUCCGAAAACGUAUACGGUUCAUCAAUCCCAUCAAAAGAUUAGGCAAGCUAAAACACAACAAAAUGCAAUUACAUUAAAUGGACAAACUAAUCCACCUACGCCUGAUCGCACAUCUUACAAUGGUCUAACAAGAACUAAUUCUGAUGGUCUUGCCACCAGUAAUGAAAAUGAGUCAGUUGCAAAUGCCAUGAUGAAAAUACGCAACCCAGUAACACAACUGGGUAACGGAGGUCUGAUGACUAGCGGUUGUGACGGGGAUGCAGGCUCCAGUCCUGCUGCUGAGGCCGGAUUUGCUCUUUAUUCGAGCUCGAGGACCGCAAACCAUACAAAGUCAGAAGCAAUCGCCUUUAAGCAAAAGACCAGUGCAAUAUCAGAUUCAGCAAAAAGAGUCAAUCAUAAUUCCAGCAUUUCCACUUGUGUUGCAACCCUUCAAACAACUAUGCAACCCUGCAGCUCCUCAACCACGAGAAAAUAUUGUAAUAAACCUCGAGUGAUACCCCAGAAGGUGCCUUUGCAAAAUCUCAAAUUUCAUGUUCUGGAUGAAGAUAUUGUUCAGAUAGUCAUCAAUGAUACCUUCACAGUAAAUCUCAGCACAAACGCUGGUAAUCCAUUAGAAGCAAAAUAUGUACCAGAUCCAAUGAGCCUGCUAGAGAAGCAAGGUCUGCUUUUAUCUUCUAUGCAACCUAACUAUUCGCCACGACCAUCAUCAUCAUCGUCAUCAAAACCCCUGGAUACCGAGAAAAGUUCCACUGUAAGCAUAUCCAAGAAAUGUCAGUCUUCAUUAGGAAACAUCGACGAUCUAGUGGCUCCUGAAUGUGCUUCUGAAAGUGAGGAAACAUCAGUUAUAGCAGCUACCACCAAAGGCAGCAACUCCAUUGUGUCUUGUGAUACUAAGGGAAAAUACAGUAUCCAAAAGAAUGUACCUGAUGGCAAUGAAAAGCAAACAUCAUUAUCAGAUGAUAUGAACAAAAGUUACAUUCAAAAAACAGGUUUUUCAGUGAGUGGUUGUUUGAAUGGUAAUAAACUAAAUUUUAUGCACACUCGCUGCACACCAAAAAGUUUAUGUGAAAGUGAGGACCAUGUAAUUUUUCACGAACGCCGAAAACACUGCAGUGAAAGUGAUGAGAAAAGUUCAAUGAAAAGGUUCGAAGAUAGAAGUGGGACAGAAGGUGGAUCAAACAUUGAUUCCCGUCAAAGACCCAAUAAUAUUUUAAAUGGAAACAGAUGGUUCAAUGGAUUAAACAGAGGUUCAAUGUGCUUAGUUGAAAGCAGUAAUGAGUCUUCAGAAUUGAAGCUACCUGUUGUUUGUGACAAUAGUUUUAAACUUAUAGAUAGUAGUUCGCACGUUUAUCAUAGUAUUGAUAACUUAGAUGCCAGUGUACAAAAGUCGGGGAUUAGUAUUGAUAACAAUGUCGUCCAUUCACACGUAAAUGACUGGAGUAACAAAUUCUCAGUCAACACCAAAGUUGAGGAGUCUAGUAAAUAUUGUGAUGAUCUGAACUCGGAUAAACGUCAAGUUGAAGCUCUUGAUACGAAUUAUCAGUUAAUCAGUGAUGAUGGUCUGGAUAUCUCGAUGAAAAAACAAAAAUGUAAUAUCCUUAAAAAUCCAAUUACUCUACGUAAAGAUAGAAAUAUGCAUAAGUAUGGAGGUAAGAUGUGUAGGGCCGGGCUUGGCAUCAAAGUUGAAAUCGAUCUGGGAAAAAUUAAAAAUUUGAUCGUUAGUCGACCACAAUUGUUUAAUAAAUGUAAAAAUCAUUCAAAAACUGAACGUAAAGAUGAACAACUUUCAGAAAUUGUACAAACUUCUGUGAGGUCCCAAAGUUUUCGUGAUUUAGACCCUGAGAAAUGUUCACAAGUUUCUAUAAUGCAAACAAGUCCAACUGAUGAAAACGUCGACACUUUAAACAUUAGGAGAAAAUUCUCUACCUAACUCUCAUCUGAUUUAAAAUAGUUGAAAGUUAAUUUAAUUGAAAUAUUUGGCAUUUUCAAUGAAUUUUAACUGAAUUAAGUAGAAAACUGGUGUCAAGUUUGAGACAAGAAAAUACACAAUUGCAGAGAAUUAUAAAUGCUACCGUAUAAAGGUAUAGUAGGAAUUAUAAUAUUAGUGGAAAGCGACGUUAACUUUAAAUAGUAACAAAUACUUCCUUCGGAUGGAAACUUAGUGUAGCAAAUUCCUUUAUUAAUGAAAUUUACCGAUAGAUUGACGAUAGUUAUAAUCCGAAAAGAAAACAGUAAAUUGGGAUUUCCUGUAUAGUCUUUAAUCCAUAACGAAUGGCAUGUUAAACAGACGUAUGCAAUUGUUGUUGCACAACAAAUCACAGCUGUAAUCAGUUACCGAUAUGUAUAUUUUUUUAUUGAGUUUUAUUCAGAUCAACAGUUGAAGUAGAACUUUUCAAAUAUUACGAAAAAAAGUCUAUAUAGGUUGUUUUGUUGUAAUUAUAUGUAAUUUUUGUCAUCGAAUAGCAGACAAAUUUUAACCUGACCAGGAAAUACCUAGUGCAAUGUAAACUGCGCAUAUUUCCAAUUUUUUGCUGUAAUAAACAAAGCCGAUAUCGAUGAAUAUACAGGGUUUUUAUAUUCACACAGCGUUCAUUGAUAUUUAAAUCCUAUUUGGCUCUACAAGGCUACAACACUCAGUGAAUGAUAAUUGAUUUGCAGAUGUAAAUUUACUUGA